GCGUCUUCAUUGAUUUACGAAGAUACUUGGGUCAGGAAAGGGGCCAGGUUAGAAGCUAAGCCGGCUCAGCUCUUCCCUGUCCCAUUGGCAGUCGGACUCCCUGGUGGUGUGUGAAGUGGACCCGGAGCUAAAGGAAACAUUGAGGAAAUUCCGUUUCCGAAAAGAGACCAACAAUGCCGCCAUCAUAAUGAAAGUGGACAAAGACCGGCAGAUGGUGGUGCUGGAGGAUGAACUCCAGAACAUCUCCCCAGAAGAACUUAAGUUGGAAUUGCCAGAGAGACAGCCCAGGUUUGUGGUCUACAGCUACAAGUACGUGCAUGAUGACGGCAGGGUGUCCUAUCCUUUGUGCUUCAUCUUCUCCAGCCCCGUGGGCUGCAAGCCUGAACAACAGAUGAUGUAUGCAGGAAGUAAAAACAGUCUGGUGCAGACGGCGGAGCUUACCAAGGUGUUUGAAAUCCGCACCACAGACGACCUCACCGAGACCUGGCUUAAGGAAAAGUUAGCUUUCUUUCGUUGACCUUUGAGCCAGGGAUUUGGAAUCCUUACUUCUGAAGGCUCAGAUUGAUAGGAUAUGAA